GACAAUCGCACAUCUCUAAUGAUCGGUUCGAAGUGUUGAAUUUCCCUGUGCCAUGGAAGGAUUAAGAUUCUUAGAAAAAUAAAAUCUGCACAUAAAAGAAAGCUAGACAAGAACAACACGAUGAUCUUCUGGGGGAACUGGGAGCGGUGCGAGAAACUGGGCCAGGGCGGAUUUGGCGAAGUGAUCCACUGGCGAAACCGGACUACGGGCCGUGAAAUUGCCACCAAGCACAUUAAGGAGUUGGAGUCCCUGGGUGCCGAUCAGCAAGUCAAGCUUAGCGAGCGUUGGAACAAGGAGUUAAACUGGUCCCGCCAGUUUCAAUACUUUCCCCACAUUGUGGCUGGCGUGAUCCUGGACAACGAGGAUCCGGCAUUUUUGGACUACUUGAAUGCAAUGCACAAGUUGCCUGUGAUUGUGUUGGAAUACUGUAACGGAGGAGACGUGAGGAAGCUUCUACAGAGCCAGGAGAAUGCUAAUGGUCUGACGGAAUUCGAGGUGCGACAGAUCCUGGGCGCCCUACGCCAGGCCUUGCAUUUCCUGCACUCGCAGUGUGGGAUUUGCCAUCGAGAUUUGAAGCCGGACAACAUAGUAAUCCAACGGGGAACUGAUGGCAAGAAAGUCUAUAAGCUUACCGAUUUUGGACUCGCUCGAGGAACUCCCGACCAGACCAUGGUACAGAGCGUGGUAGGCACCCGUCACUACUUCGCCCCAGAAGUGGUGGCGACGGGUUGUUACAACUCGGCCGUGGACUACUGGUCCCUCGGAAUAAUUGCGUACGAGCUGGCCACUGGUGAGCUGCCUUUCAUCCCCCAUCAAACCCCAAAAAACAUUUUAGUCAAUCUGAUGAAUAAGCCCGCCGAAUGCAUUGCUAUCACGGAGGAUCCAGAGAAUAAUAGUCGUUUUGUGAAUCAGUUCCAACUGCCACAGGAGCAUCAUUUGUCGGUGCCCUGGGCUGCUACGUUCACAAAAUGGUUACGCAGCCCGCUUAACUCAAACUACAAGGAACGCGGCCAACUAGCAACUGAUGAGGUACAAUCAGUUCCAGUCGUCUUCGCUGAGCUGGACAAACUACUCAAUAUAAAGGUGCUAACUAUUUUUGCUGUUAACUACUGCAAACGACUUGAAUACGCGGUCUCGGAGGAGAUGACUAUGAAGGAUCUAAUUGGCUUGAUUGUCAAGGACACCGGAAUGGACGGAAAGGAUCUUUACUCCGUGCUGCCAACUUCCCAUCCGCACAAAAAGAUUACGCCUGAAAGUCCGCCUUUGCAUUUGUAUGUGGAGGAGUGGAGUGACACAAGCAAAGAUUCACAAAAGUGGAAUAAGCGUAGCAAUCCACCUGUAAUGAUGUACAUCUUUCAAGGCAAGGAAGAGUGUGAAUACAGUGAACCACAAGUCAAUCUAUCGGUUCUCGCUCGGAAGUUUCUUGCAAACAAGAUUAAGUCGGGGGAAAGAUGGCUGCAAAAACGUGUGGUCUUGGAUGUACUCCAUAUGCUUACCAAGGAGCAAGCUAACUAUGAAAUGUUUGUGUCAGCAAUAAACGAGCGUGCGCUGUCACUGGAAGACGAAAUGAUUGAAAAUUCGAUCAUAGACAGCAGCAUCGAUAAGCAGCUUCACAUAAUCUCUUUUGCCUACGAUCAGCUUAUAAGUUUGCAAAAAGAAGCCCAAGCUAAGAUUCCGUCCUUUCAGCUUAACAGAAGCGUACAGUUGGAGAAGCUUACGCACAAUUACGAUGCCAUUAUACAAAUUGCGAAAUCCAUUAGGUCUCACUUGGACGCCUCCUUGCGGGGAGCCCAAAGCAUGGUUAAAAGCACCAGUCAACUACUGAAGGGGGUGUACGAGAAAGAUCUAUUCGAUUGCAAUCGAUUUUAUAAGGAAUAUCUCUGCAAUGGCGCGAAAAUUUCACCGUCAGGUUUGAAGAAAGUCGCCGAGCAGUUCGCAACCACUCGUUCCCAGCUUUAUAACAAGGGCGAGGCUAGAUCCCUGUCCAAGUCUAUCGAUCGCCUGCACUACCUUUAUUAUAAAAGCAAAGAGUCCAUACCGGCCCUCCUACAAAAAUUUUGCGACAUCAAGAAAGAGAUAUUUGAGCUUCACUUGCAGAUGUUGAUGCCAACCUCUGUCACACAAUAUCCGAUUCUUGAGCUAAGCUCAGCGAUGGACCGCCUUACUAUGAGCUCUAGCUUACCCAGCUCGGGUCCAUUUGACUCUUUAGGCACGAUAAAUGCUAUCGAAGAGGCUGAAAGGAUUAACAAGAUGCUUGUUUGUGAAAUGGACAUUGCUCGCUAUUAGUGUGCAUUCUGGUCGACCAGAAAUUUGUAUUUGAUUUUAAUCAAAAUCGCAUCAAUAUUUGUCUAUUCGAAGUCGUUGAAAUAUGUAUUUUGGUUUUAUUUUGUUAUCGCCGGCUCACCCAAUUGGCAAUUUAUUUAUGUAGCUUUAUUAGUUUUAUAAAAACAUGGCAUGCUCUCAUUUUGAAACGAAUUUUAUUUUGUUUAGU